UAAUUUCUCCCUUGUUUUAGGGUAUUUCAGUCUGUCGGUCGUCUUCUCGGCAUGACCUAACCUUCCCCCUUCUUUGAUCUGUCUCCCGCCGUCUCUCCCUCAUUUGGUGCCUCGGCACUUUCGUCGCCUCUCUCCGUCUGUUGUCUACUCAGCUUGAGCCACGUACAAGAGUUUCUCCGUUAGGUGUACCAUGUUCGGUUAGGCUCUGGAUAUGCAACCGUAUUUUCCUUUUGUCGUAGCAUUGGACAAGUUUCCUGGUUUUACCUGACUCUAUCGCGGCUAAUGUCGGGGCCGUGGAGCGAGGAGGCGGAGGAGGAUGCGUCAUCGCUGGCAGGGACGACUGACGUUGAGCUGAUCAAGCGGGCAUGGCGGAACGAGAAGGCCGCCCCCGAGAUCCUUCAGUUCGAGGGUCCGCUCGUCCUCCGCGUCCGAGAGCAGAUCCAGCUCCUUGAAGAGACAGUGGAGGAAUCUACGGAGAAUGGUUCCAAUGAUCUAGUUGUUUCUCUUUACCAAAUGGAUUUAGAUCGCACCCUAUUUCUUUUGAGAUCUUAUCUUCGAAUCCGUCUACAAAAGAUUGAGAAAUAUAUGAUCCACAUAUCCAAGACUAAUCUUUGGAACCGGCUUUCUGAGCAAGAAAAGAAGUUUACAAAAAGGUGCACAGAGAUAAUGGAGAAGCUUCUUGAGCAGUCUGUGCUAGCAAGAUUGCCCUAUGGCUACGAGUCCUUUCUGAAACAAUCAAUAUCAAGUGAAGAAGAUGAUAUGGUUCCCGAGCCCCAGUUAGAUACAUUUGUCUUCUGCAAGGCAAAGGAUGCUGUUGGAGCUUUUCAGCUGGAUGACAGUGGGGAUGAGAUUGUGGACUUGGUUGCUGAUGACUUGUAUGUCAUCCGUUAUAAAUCCAUAAAAGGUUUGGUGGAGGCUGGCCAGAUUGAUCUUGUGUGACUUAUUCAAAGGCUAAAUAUAGGGCAAAGUAAUCUGCAUCUUCUGAGAGGGGCUGAAGGAUGUGGACUUGUAAACAGAAGGGUUAUAAGGGUCUUAAAGGACAGCAUUAUAUGCUGUGUCCUUUAGCAUGUGGUGUUUGUUCUAAGGAGUUGAUAAUGAAUUCUCAACACUUGGAAGAAAAGCCAAUCUUCUUUAGGCAUUGUCCGUUGAAAGCAUUUGCUGGAUUAUGGAGUUUUUGUAAGUGUUCCAGGUGACAACUUGUUGGAUUAUUCAGACAUCUGCUUCCUGUCUAAAUUAAGGGUGUCGACACUUUGGAUGCUACCUUUUAGAAAAAUCCUUGUAAUAUGUCUAAUAUUCACCUUUAAUUUCUUCUCACCUAUCUUAACAAACCCGACUUUAGAUGCGACCAGUCAAUGCAAAUAGAUAGAUUUCACAUUUGAAAUUCUUAUUUAACAAUAUAUCAUUGUACUUCCAUGA